AUGGCGGGGGUAACAACGAAUGGCGACAUAGGCCUUGACCUCGAGGAGUCGCGAAAGGCUCUCUUGACCAACUCGACCAAGCAGAGGACAUCCGAACUGGUCGGUUUGCAGCAGAGGAUUGAAGAUCUUCUCUUCCAAACGUAUCCCCUCUACGUCGACGGACCCUCCCGGAGAGCAGUCGAAGAAUGCAUAUCCACCAUCGCAGAGCGUGAUGGGGCAGAGAAGGUGCUGUCAGCCUUCGUCGAGGAUGUAGGCCGGGAGUCUGUGAAGGUCGCGAUAGCGCCGGCGAAUGCUUUUGUCUUGGUGAGGUGGAGCGCCCUGCUAUUACAACAUGCCACGACCAAAAAGACGCUGUGGGACAGUCUAGGCAAGAAGACGCUUUCUGCGUUGACGCAUGCACUGUAUACACUCCUAGGAUCGCAGCCUAAACAAGCCACGAGGGCGACAGCGCUAAGGGUAUCAAGAAGAGCGUUCCGGACAGUUGCGAAAACCGAUCAAGGCCCGCAUCUUCUGGGUGAGAGUGUUGAUUCGCUAUCGGCCAAAGCAGCAACACCAUCAGCUAGGAAUGCCAUAACGCUGGGCAUUAUUGCUGGAGUGUGCAAGCGCGUGCCAGGACGGGAGUCUGUCGUGGAUGCGAAGAAGCAUGACUACAUCGCGUUCUACCUACGAGAGCUCCUCGGAUCCCGUGUGCAGCUCCCUGAAUUCGUGGGUCAUGCUCUACACGAAUUCUUCUCCACUUUCGUCACGCUGCAAGAUGUGAAGAAGGAGGUUAUCCCGGCGGUAGAGAAGGCCCUAUUGCGAGCACCGGAAGUGGUACUCAACGACCUCGUGUCGCCUAUGCUUGCAUCACUGCCGAAAGCCUUCGACCUCUCCGAGAUCAUGGUUUCGAAUCUGCUGAAACCUCUACUUUCAAACAUCAAGUCAAGCAAUGCCGCCGUCAGGGAUGGCGCAACGCACACGUUUGAUGUGCUGGCGAAGCGAUGCACGGACGAUGGGCUUGUCGAAAAGGCUGCGGAUGAGAUUCUCACACCACUCAAGACGAACAAAGUCACCUCAGCCGACCAGAGGAUCAUACACGCUCACAUGCUGUCCUCGCUCCAGCCCAACCCUGCGCUUGCCUCUAAGAUCCCGCAAGGUCUUGUUCCAGUCGCAAGCAAAGAGACCAAUGAAUCUGCCGCUUCUGCUGAGAUGCACACCAUCAGCUGCUUCGUCCGUUUUGCUUUGGAGAACAAGGUGAAGGUGGACAGUGCAACUGCCGAUGCUUUUGCGAAAGGCCUUGCUGAGAAGCGCCUGCCCAUGCGCCGCCUUUGGGCGCUUCGUUUAGCAGAAAUCAUUUGGCCACUCUCCGGAGAAGAUUUGAAAGACGAAGCAACCUCCGGCUUCCUCGACCCCUGCAUUGAGAAGCUUGUCGAUGUUUUCAAUGAGGUUACGGCUAAUCCGUUGCCCGCGGUGCAAAGUGGACAAGUGCCUGUUGCUUGCAUAGCGGCCUCCAUCUGCCUGGAGAAGAUUUCAGAGAUGCCAGCUCUGAAGAACACGUCUAUCGUCAGAAAAGCAAGCGUGCAAGACCGCGUGCUUACCCUUGAACCGAAGCCGUCCUUCCUACUCAACCCUCGAGUCUACACUAAGCUCAGCGCUGAAGACGACCUGCGAUGCUACAUGCGAUGCUUGUUGUCUGCUUUCCCGCAUCUCCCGGCAGACGCUAACUCUCCGGUCUCUGUUGCGUGGGCACAAGGUCUGAUCUAUACCAUCGUGGCCACUGCUGUGCCAGCUACAGUCCGCAACGAAGCCACAAAAGCGUUGACGAGUCUCUACCUUGGCAAUCCGGAACGGGUAUCCAAGGUCAUCGUGAGCGGGUUAUGGCAAUGGUGCGAGCAUUCAGUGCUUAGUACGAAAGACACUGCGGCGGCGGCUUCGGGCACAGGCCGAGACGAGCUUUACAAGGUCAUCCGAUCAAUAUGUCUUGACCCUGAAGUGACUGCCAGGCGCGAGGCAGCUGUUGACAGCGAGGUUCUUCGGUCUCAGAUGACAUCUCUCCUGGUUCUCUGCAAGCCGCAGCUCAUCCCUCGAGCUGCUUGGAUCGAGCUCUGUCUGCAUACUGGCGUUGAUCCAGGUACUCUCGCGUCUGGAUCGUCAACAGAGCUUCUGGCUCAAAUCAUGAGCGUCACUGAGAAUCCAACUUGGAAACCACUGCCGCCCUUCCAGAUGGCUGCGUUCAACGCCGCCGCGGAGCUGGCGUUCAUUGCACCCGAGGAGCUGACACCUCGCAUCGUCGAGCAAAUUAGCAAAGACCUCGAUCCUGACCAGCUCGACAACGUCGGACCGACAGAGGCGGCAAUAUACAGGACGCCAGAAGGUGUUCCAUUCGUCGACGUACUCUCGAAACAAACACAGACCCAGGCAAUUAGCAAGAAUGCAAAGGACUACGAGACGCUCAAAUGGGAAGAGGAGCUACGAUCGCAGCUUGCUCAGAAGAAAGGUCAGACGAAGAAGCUUACCGCGGACGAGCAGUCCAAAGUCAAUGCGCAGCUGUCGAAGGAAGCAGCCAUCAGGAAAGACAUUGGGCAGAUCGAUGCUCGCCUGAGGCGCGGCAUCGGCAUCAUUAGUGCACUUGCGACUGGCCCUCCUACAGAAGCCGAAUCGUGGUUUGGACCAUGCGUCAAACUGCUCUUUGGCGCCAUACAAGCUGGUGCUGGUCUGAUCUUGGGCGAUACUGCUGCGCUUGGCUACUUGCAAUGCGCGGACAAGACAUCUUCACGUCUCGGACCUAUGCGACCAUUCAUCGGCGUCGCUAGUCUUCGAGGUGCCGGCAUCACCAUAUUGCCUGAGAACUUGCUUGCCGAACCACUCGGCGAUCUUGUGACAAGACUUCUGCACAGGAUUCGUUUUCUGGCAGAGCAAAGGCCAUUUGACACCGUGACGCUCAGCUACAUCCUUGCUCUAAUCUUUCUGGUACUCGAUAAUGGCGGCAUCGACCGCCCAGCCAUGUCCGAGGACGCCGACGAGCAGAUACUACUAGCCAUCGAGUUCCUUUCCUUUCACACGGAGACUUGCACCGACAGUCGCCUGCCUCGAGAAAGGUUCCUCAGCACCUGUAUCAUGGCUAUGCAGCAAUACACGCAACACUUCAGACCACUUCGUGAUUGCUUCACGGACCUGUGUCGAUGCAUUGCGCCGAACAUCGUGGAAGUGGAGACAGACACCGCUGUCAAAGGCGCAAUCGUGCCAGACCCAUCAGUGCGCGGUGCUGUUCUGCAAGCAAUCAGUGCAGAGCUUGAGCUCACCGAUCGCCAGUUCUACGAGGAGAUCUGGCUUGCCUGUCACGACGAUGUAGAAGAACACGUCGAGACUGCGCGCGAGAUAUGGGAGGAGAACGAGCUCAAAGUCACCGUUGAAUCCGCGGCGCAGUGCCUCCCUUACCUCAGCUCAAAGGACUCGCAGCUUCGACGGGCAGCAGCCCGUGCGAUCACCGAAUCUGUUCACAACCAUCCGGAUGUCCUCGGGGACGUCAUGUCGCAACUGCAAAGCUCCUACGCUGAGUUCGCGAAGCCGCGGAAACAAGAACUGGAUCGAUACGGUAUGCCAAUCAAGAAAGAUUUGUCAGAUCCCUGGGAGUCAAGACAUGGCAUCGCGCUGGCGUUCAAAGAGCUUGCUGCUAUCUUCCCGACCGAGCAACUGGUGCCGUUUAUGACCUUCAUGAUCGAACGAGGUCCUUUGGGUGACGCGAACCACACUGUCCGCGAUGCUAUGGUCGAUGCUGCGACUUCGCUCGCCACAUUGCAAGGACAAAAUAAAGUCGAGGCGCUGAUGGAGCUGUGUGAGAACACUCUCGCAGCCUCCGCCACGUCUCAGUCGCAGGAUCUAGUUCACGAAGCCGUGGUCAUCGUUUACGGUGCGCUCGCACAGCAUCUUCCCGCCGGUGACGAGCGUGUGCCAAAGGUUGUCCAACGGUUGCUUUCGACGCUGAGCACGCCAUCCGAAUCGGUGCAGUACGCUGUUGCUCAAUGCUUGCCACCCUUGGUCAGAGCGUCGGCCAGUCAAGCAUCUCAGUACCUGAACCAGAUGGCCGACGAGACUCUGCAUGCGAAGAAGUAUGCUGCCCGACGAGGAGCCGCCUAUGGCCUUGCCGGUAUCGUCAAGGGCAAGGGCAUUUCAAUCAUGAAGGACAGCCGAGUGCUGUCGACUUUAAGAGCGGCGACGGAGAACAAGAAAGAUACCAACGAGCGACAAGGAGCCUACUUGGCAUACGAGCUGCUGUCAUCACUGCUCAGUCGCGUCUUCGAACCAUACAUCAUUCAGAUUGUCCCGCAGCUAUUGGCCGGCUUUGGUGACAGCAGCGCCGAUGUUCGCGAAGCAUGUCUGGACGCUUCGAAGACCUGCUUCUCCUCCUUGAGCUCCUUUGGCGUGAAGCAAAUCUUACCGACACUGCUUGAAGGACUUGGAGAGCAGCAAUGGCGAAGCAAGAAGGGUGCCUCGGACUCCUUGGGUGCUAUGGCGUACCUCGACCCUCAACAGCUCGCCGUCAGUCUGCCGGAGAUCAUCCCACCGCUCACUGACGUGCUCAACGAUAGCCACAAGGAAGUGCGAGCUUCGGCAAACCGCAGCCUACAAAGAUUCGGCGAUGUCAUCACGAACCCCGAAGUCAAGAGUCAGGUCAACAUCCUCCUGAAAGCCCUCAGCGACCCAACGAAGUACACGGACGAUGCUUUGGACGCUCUCAUCAAAGUCAACUUCAUCCAUUACCUUGACGCACCAUCGCUGGCGCUCGUCGUCAGGAUUCUUGAGCGUGGCCUCGGUGACAGGUCUGCUACGAAGCGCAAAGCUGCCCAGAUCAUUGGCAGUCUCGCUCAUCUCACAGAGAGGCGAGAUCUCGUCACGCAUCUGCCACCUCUGGUCGCCGGCCUGCGUACCGCCAUUGUCGAUCCUGUGCCGGCGACACGAGCGACUGCUUCAAAAGCCUUGGGCUCGACCAUCGAGAAGCUCGGCGAAGAUGCUCUACCUGAUCUCAUUCCAAGCUUGAUGCAGACACUCAAGUCAGACACUGGUGCUGGUGAUCGACUCGGUUCAGCGCAAGCGCUCAGUGAAGUGCUUGCUGGGCUCGGAACCUCACGUCUGGAGGAGACUCUGCCGACGAUCCUUCAGAACGCCUCGAGCGCCAAAGCAAGUGUCCGUGAAGGCUUCAUGUCGCUCUUCAUUUUCUUGCCAGCUUGCUUCGGGCAGAGCUUUGCGAACUACCUGGCCAGGAUCAUCCCGCCAAUCCUUGGAGGACUUGCUGAUGAUGUCGAGUCGAUCCGUGAGACUGCGCUGCGAGCCGGGCGAUUGCUUGUCAAGAACUUCGCAGCACGAUCUGUCGACCUACUUCUGCCGGAGCUGGAGCGUGGUCUUGCCGACGACAGCUACCGCAUCCGUCUCAGCUCCGUGGAGUUGGUUGGUGAUCUACUGUUCAAUCUCACUGGUAUCAGUGGCAAGGCCGAAGAGGACGAAGUUGAGGAGAACGCUGGUGAGGCCGGUCAAUCUCUGCUCGAAGUGCUUGGGGAAGAGAAGAGAAACAAAGUCCUCUCAGCCUUGUACAUCUGUCGCUGCGACACUUCUGGCUUGGUGCGCUCGACUGCUAUUGGCGUCUGGAAGGCACUUGUGUCGACGCCUCGGACGCUUCGUGAGCUUACUCCGACGCUGACCCAGCUUCUCAUCCGGAGGCUGGCAAGCUCGAAUAUGGAGCAGAAGGUCAUCGCAGGCAAUGCGCUCGGCGAGCUCAUCCGCAAGGCUGGCGAAGGCAUCUUGUCCACUCUGCUGCCUACGCUUGAAGAAGGGCUACAUACCUCAACAGACACAGACGCUCGCCAGGGUAUCUGCAUUGCGCUGCGCGAGCUCGUCUCCUCUGCAUCGCCUGACUCGCUUGGCGAGCACGAGAAGACGCUCAUCUCAGUCGUACGAACCGCUAUCGUCGAUCCCGACGAGGAUGUCAGAGAGGCAGCAGCCGAAGCUUUCGACUCGCUGCAGAAGGUCUUUGGCAGACGCGCAAUCGACCAGGUUUUGCCACACUUGCUCAGCCUGCUGCGCUCAGAAGAACAAGCAGAGAAUGCUCUUGCAGCGUUACUGACACUGUUGACCGAGACCUCGCGAUCGAAUGCCAUCUUGCCGAACCUCCUACCGAACCUGCUCACAUCGCCAAUCACAGCAUUCAACGCUCGAGCACUGGCGUCUCUGGCGGAUGUCGCAAGCUCGUCGAUGACAAGAAGCAUACCGAAGAUCCUGAACGCUUUGAUGGACAAUCUCGUGGCCUGCAAAGAUGAGGAGCUGAAGGCAGAACUUGACGGUGCCUUCGACACCGUCUUGCUUUCCGUCGACGAGUUCGAUGGCCUCAACACCAUGAUGAGUGUUAUGCUCACGCUGGUCAAGAACGAUGACCACAGAAAACGGGCAUCAGCCGAUCUACACAUGGCCAAGUUCUUCGAAGGCGCAGAUGUCGACUACUCACGCUACUACCCAGACCUUAUCCGAGCACUGCUUAUUGCGUUCGACGACAGCGACAAGGAGGUAGUCAAGGCUGCAUGGACGGCUCUCACUGCCAUGGUUUCGCGCUUACGGAAGGAGGAGAUGGAAUCGCUCGUUGUAUCCACAAGAGGAACGCUCAAUCAAGUCGGCGUCGCUGGACAUGCUCUGCCUGGCUUCUCGUUGCCGAAGGGCAUCAAUGCGAUCUUGCCGAUCUUCUUGCAAGGUCUCAUGAACGGCUCAGCCGAGCAGAGGACACAAGCAGCACUCGCCAUCUCGGAUCUUGUGGACAGGACGAGCCCCGAAGGCCUCAAGCCUUUCGUCACGCAGAUCACUGGUCCAUUGAUCCGUGUGGUUUCCGAACGGUCAACCGACCUCAAGUGUGCCAUCUUAUUGACCUUGAACAAUCUCCUGGACAGGAUACCGACGUUCUUGAAGCCAUUCUUGCCACAGCUGCAGCGUACUUUCGCGAAGUCGCUAGCAGAUCCAUCAAGCGAGACGCUUCGCUCGAGAGCUGCGAGAGCACUGGGUACAUUGAUCACCAUGACACCGCGCAUCGACCCACUGAUCACAGAGCUUGUGACCGGAUCGAAAACAACAGACGCGGGUGUGCGCAACGCCAUGCUCAAGGCACUCUAUGAAGUCGUCAGCAAGGCCGGCUCAAACAUGAAUGGCACCUCCAAGAGCUCGAUCCUCAGCCUCAUCGACUCCGCAGCAGGUGAACACGACGACUCGCUCAACAUCACCUACGCCAAACUCCUCGGCGCUUUGAUCAAAGUCUUGCCCUCCGACGCAGCGGCACCGUUGAUUAAAGCCCGCGUCCUCACAACAAGCUUCACCCAUCAAUCCAUCCUCGCCCUCAACGCCGUCUUGGUCGAAACCCCCGACACCCUCACAACCUCCUACGCCGGCCAGACCCAAUCCGUCAUUGUCCAAGGCAUCACCACGCCCCAACCCUUCAUAGCCGACAACGCCGUCCUCGCAGCCGGCAAAUACCUCCUGGCCCCUUCUGCGCCCAGAUCACCCGACACGGCCGAACCCCUCAUCUCCGCUUUGGCGCAAGUAGCACCACCCGGCAACCCUAUCGACACCCGCCGCCUCUCCCUCGUCGUCCUCCGCACCCUGGCGCGGGAACACAACGACCUGCUCCGCCCACACCUCAGCACCGUCGUCCCGCCCAUCUUCGCUUCAGUACGGGAUACCGUGAUCCCCGUCAAGCUCGCUGCCGAAGCCGCCUUCUUAGCCGUCUUCUCGGUAGUAGACGAAGAAGGCGCGGUCUUCGAGGAGUACAUGGCGAAUGAAGGGGCGCAGAUGGCUGCAGGCCCGAAGAGGAGUCUGCAGGAGUAUUUCAAGCGGAUUGCGUUAAGGUUGAGUGGGCAGGCGAAAGAUCGACGGGAGGCGGAAGGAGGGGCAAGGGGGUUCUUGAGCACGGAUGAGGUGGAUGAUGUGAGGGAGAUUAUGAGCGUGGGGAAGAUCGAUUUGGGGGAGGGGGGGUUCGGGGAGUGA